AUGGCGCCGGGCGCGAGGUGGGGCCGAGAACGUGGAGGAGCGCGCGGCGGGAGACAGACAGAUACAUCAGUCAGUAUAGGCUGUGCGGACAGCGUCGUUCAACAGGAUCAUCACGUCACUAACUGCACUAUCGCACAUGAGACAUUUGCUGAGAACAGUCAUGUUUUGUUCAUCUUGACUCUGGAUGUCUCGAACUCUGAAACGUGGAGUGACUCUAUCCAUAUCAAUGUGUCCGCGUCCAGUGAGAACGAAGACCCUGCCUCUCUGGGUGACAAUGUGGUGAGCCUGGACAUCCCCGUGCGAUACACAGUGAACCUCGUGGUCAAGGGGGUCGAGUCCAGCAGCUACAUCGAGGUGACGGUCGGUGCCUCAGGGAGACGGGACGUGGUGCACAGGUACCAGGUGGAGAACCUCUCGGGACGCCCUCUUCCAGUGAACCUGACCGUGCUGGUGAGAAAGGAUCCGAGCGGGAUCCUCCUGUGGAAAAUUUGGGAUGCGAAAGUGGAGGAGGGCCUCAGCUGCACCAUGUCGAUGGAGGUCAGAGGUCACAGCGGGGUCAAGGGCCACGCAGAUGAAGAGCACCCUCAGGCUGGCACCUCCCAAGUCAUCCUUUGCCAACUGGGCCAGUUGGCUCGAGGGCUGCCCAUGACCAUCGUCCUGCGGGGGUACGUGAUCCUGAAUAGCACAUUGGAGGUAGGUUAUCGCGGUUUGUGGGGGGUGCAGCGUGGGGCGCGGGGGUGA